AUGGCUAGGUAGGGCUGACGUUGCUAGCAGCCUUGACAUGAGUUUUCUCCGUUUUUAUUUUAUUUAUUACACUGCCAGUCGCUACCAGAUUUAAAAACGUUCCUCUAAACUAAGUGUUGGAUCUGGGUUGCAGAAAAAAGGUUCCGGCGGUCCCGGAGAGCCUUUUGAAAAGGCGAAAGGCCUUCGCCACCAUGAAGGCCAUGCGCAUCAAGAAGAUGCUGGCCGAAAAAAAAGUAAGUUUGAACUCGUUAACUGGCUUCCACGUUGACAAUGUUUUAGGAUUUAGCCUGAAAUGCAGUUGAUCUACUUCGUAGAACUGACUGGCAUUUGGCUUUCUGCUGGUUGUGAGGGGAAAUAGCCGACCUAUAGUAGUUUUUAAGGAUGCCCCGAAAUUCAAUCUUCUAUACAAUGUGGUUAAUGAUGCUCAACUUUUUUCCCCAUCUUAUCGACUAUGGUGAAACCAGUCUGAAAAAUAAGCCAAUUUGUCUGAAACCACAUUGAAAGAAACUACUGACAAUUAUCCUAAAUACGCCCCCCCCCCAGCUGUAAGAUUUAGCUAUCCACUAUCAGAUUAAACAUUGCAUAAAGCAACUUGUGAAAUUUAACUACACGUGUUACCCAGCUUUAGUGCUCUGACUCACACUUGGUUUGUAUCCCCACCAGACUCGCAAGGUGACCAGGAAACUGAUCUACAAGAGGGCUGAGAAGUACCACAAGGAGUACAGGGAGAUGUACAGGCGUGAGAUCCGCAUGGGGCGGACGGCCCGCAAGGUUGGGAACUUCUACGUCCCAGCUGAGCCCAAGCUCGCCUUCGUCGUCAGGAUCAGGGGGUACGUUUCUUUUGGAUGAAAGCGUCUGCUAAAUGGCAUGUGUUGUCUGAUUGGCCCGUAUCUCAGUGGCUUGUACGCCAUUUCACUCUGGUGUUGGGUAAAAAAAAAAGAUGCAUGUAAUGUUAAAUCUACCUUCACACUGAUUUUAUUCGUGAAUGUCACCGUUACUGUCUUUAUAACAUCUAGACCCCUCAAACUCAACUCUGUACCUUGGAAGUCAGUUCCACUUCAUUUGUUCCCCUCUAAUCAGGGACUGAUUUAGACCUGGGACACCAGGUGGGCGCAAUUAAUUAUGAGAUAGAACAGAAAACCAGCAGGCUCCGGACCUCGUAGGGUAAUAGUGGAGUACCCCCAUGUCUACACAAUGUGGUUAAUGAUGCUCAACUUUUUUCCCCAUCUUAUCGACUCUGGUGAAAACAGUCUGAAAAAAAAUAAGCCAAUUUGUCUGAAACCACAUUGAAUGUAAACCAAAACUGACAGGAAAUGAACUGACACGGGUGCUGAACACACUCGUAACUACUCUUCCUUUGCCCCCCCUCUCGCUCUCUCCCAGUAUCAACGGCGUCAGCCCCAAGGUGCGCAAGGUUCUCCAGCUCCUGCGUCUGCGUCAGAUCUUCAACGGAGUGUUCGUCAAACUGAACAAGGCUUCCGUCAACAUGCUGAGGAUCGCCGAGCCCUACAUCGCUUGGGGGUAAGGCUGCCGUGACCAUCUGCUUUUAAUGUGGACACCCGGUUCCAGGGGGUAUCAAGGCCAGUGUCACUAAUUUUUAUUGUUCCCCUCUAAUCAGGGACUAAUUUAGACCUGGGACACCAGGUGGGUGCGAUUUUUAGAACAGACCCAGAGGUACUCUGGACCUCCAGGCUUGUAUUUGAAUAACUAACCCCUAUUCUGUGGGUUCUGUUUUCGUGUAGAUUAAUCUGACGGUGAUUUUUAAGGUAGAUGGGUACAAUUUGAAACCGCUGUGAUUGACUGGAAGUUUUACACAAUGUGGUUAAUGAUGCUCAACUUUUUUCCCCAUCUUAUCGACUCUGGUGAAACCAGUCUGAAAAAAAAUAAGCCAAUUUGUCUGAAACCACAUUGAGAUAUUACUAACGGCGCUCACUAAUUGCAGUAAACCAGUCACACAUUUCUGUGGCGUGCCCAGUAUAAAUUACCCAUUUCAUGUUUUGGUUUGGGUGUAGUAAGUUGUCACUGGUUUAAUGAGACUACACAACCUACGCGGUGGCUAAUAAUACAUUUAAUUUAACGCUUUUCAUUAGUCUAUCUCAAAGCUAUAAUUUUUUAAAAUAUAUAUAUAUAAAAACAUGCAUUUUAGAAUGAAGGCAGUUAAAAUAGCAACAAUAAGCUAGGUGCUAAAGUACAUAACUGACAGUGUUGUGCUCGUCUCCCAGGUACCCCAACCUGAAGUCGGUGCGCGAGCUGAUCUACAAGCGCGGCCACGGCAGGAUGACCAAGCAGCGCAUCGCCCUCACAGACAACGCCCUGGUCGAGAAGGCCCUGGGUACGCUGUUACAUUUAUAGUCAUUUAGCAGACGCUCUUAUCCAGAGCCACUUACAGUUAGUGAGUGAAUACAUUUUUUAAUUUAUUAUUUAUUAUACUACUGUACGGCUGUGUUUUACACACAGAGCCCAAUUCUGAUCUUUUGCCAAUUAUUGGCAAGAGCUCAUUGGGUUGUUCAAAGGCCAAUUAGUGGACAAAGAUCAGAAUUGGGCUGCCUGUUAUAUGGGACUGGAGAUAUGUAUGAAGUGAAAGCCAGUUUCAAAUACUACGCUAGGGAAGGAUGCCCCCUCUCCCCUGUCAUAGAAACUGUAUACAAUGUGGUUAAUGAUGCUCAACUUUUUUCCCCAUCUUAUCGACUCUGGUGAAUCCAGUCUGAAAAAUAAGCCAAUUUGUCUGAAACCACAUUGCAAAUCGACUGCUACUUCAAUCUGAUAUGGUAGAAUAGGAAACUGCAUUUGGAUGAUGCUUAAUUUAAUGGAUGUAGAUGUCCCAUUUUUGUACAGAUCUUUAUCAAUUUUUAAAGGGGUAAUCUGCAAUUGCUACAGAUCAUGGUCAUUAUUGGUCUCAUGGAUGGUCAGUCCUUCCAUACAAAUGUCUAUUAAUUUGAGUUCUUACAUUUCCCCAUCCCUCAGCUGUUUACUAAAACAGUGGCGGGGAUAACAGCUUAGUUGUUUGAGCUGCAGAUUUCCCCCUUUUUUUUAAAGAAUGGCGCAGUCUCUUCACUCUGGCCCUGUCCUCCUCCUCCCUCCAGGUAAAUACAGCAUCAUCUGUGUGGAGGACCUGAUACACGAGAUCUACACGGUCGGAAAGAACUUCAAGCCUGCCAACAACUUCCUGUGGCCCUUCAAGCUGUCCACACCCCGCGGUGGCAUGAACAAGAAGACUACUCACUUU